AUGGAUGGAGACGAUGAUGAACUCUGCCAAGAUACUGGUACUCGCGAUAUCGAGACGGGGUCUCAUCACACCGAUACGGGCCACAGCACGGGAGAAAACGACAUGGCGGAAGACGACAGUCUAAGAUUUGUCGAUGAGGACAACUUUCAGGACGAAGUUGAGGCAUCACCACUCAAGGACGGCAACGCUGAAAAGGACUACUUUCGGGGUCAUCCUGUCCAAAAGGAGACGCGUGCCUUGCGCUUGGGUCUGAUUCUCCUCUUUCUGAGUCUUGCCAUUGGAACGGUCCUUGUCGUCUACUGUCUAGCAGACGCUCUGAGUGAACACGAAGAUGUACCUCUUCAUCCGGCCUUGAUCGCCGUGCUCUUCUUGGCGUGGUUUGGGAUUGUGGGAAGCACCAGUGUGUUCUAUCACAUGAAGCUAGUUCGUCGUCUUUGUGAGAGCCACAAGGCCGCCACGGACUCCCAAGCCAUCGUGUCCUCCUUCUUCCCUGCGCAGUUCCGUGAGCGUUUGCUUCAAGAACGUAAUCAGAAAGUUGGCGACGCCACGACCAAGGACGCAACGAAGGACGCAACAGACAACAAUACCAGCUCGUCAAAUAAUGUCGGUGGUGGGUUCUCCAUACUUCCCAAGGCUCAGCUCAAGAGGUUUCUCGACAACGGCAGUGGGGAGAUGCAGUCUCGUGGGAAUCCGAUGUUACAGUCGUCCGCUCCACUUGCAGACUUGUACCCCAACUGCACAGUCCUCUUUGCAGAUAUUGCUGGAUUCACGUCAUGGUCUUCAGAACGUGAGCCAAGUCAGGUGUUCCUCCUUUUGGAGGGCUUGUAUUCCAAGUUUGAUAUGAUUGCCAAGCGAAUGCGUGUCUUCAAAGUGGAGACAAUUGGGGACUGCUAUCUUGCGGUCACUGGGCUUCCUGAUCCGCAAGACGAUCAUGCCGUCAGGAUGGUGAAGUACGCACGCUUUAUCGUUCAAGAAGUGGUUAACAUCGUGAAGCAGCUGGAACGUGUCCUGGGCCCCGAUACCGCCGACUUGAGGCUCCGAUGUGGCCUUCACUCGGGUCCGGUGACGGCAGGAAUCCUCAGAGGAGAAAGGAGCCGCUUCCAGCUCUUUGGCGACACGGUCAACACCGCUAGCAGAAUGGAAACCACAGGGGAACGUCACAGGAUCCAAAUGAGCCAGUCGACUGCUGAUCUGCUGAUCCAGGAUGGAAAGGAACACUGGGUAAAGCUCCGACAUGAUCUUGUUUCAGCAAAGGGAAAGGGACAGCUUCAAACAUACUGGUUCGUCAACGCACGAAAUAACCACUCUAGUGAUCGAUCCACAGCUUCUGGCUCUCGAUCAUCGGACGACCACAAGGAUGCCCAGUCCAUUGGAUGGGGUGACAAUGAGGAUGACUUUGUGCUUUCAUUGCCACCCAUGUCACGAAGUGCCAAGAACAAGCGUUUGAUCGAUUGGACGGUGGGAAUACUUUCCCAGCAGUUGAAACGAGUUGUAGCUCAACGUGACCCGUCAGUAGCGGUUCAGGCGAUGGCAGAUCCCAACGCGUACUUGCAAAAGAAAGGAGAGACUCCGUACGAAGAAACCGUCGAAGUUUUGGAACUCCCCAAGUUCGGUAACGCCUCUGUCUUUGCCGACUCCCACUCCAUUGAACUUGGACACGACAUCGAAGCCCAGCUGCGUUCUGUGGUGACGCAAAUCGCAAACAGGUACAAGGACAACGCCUUCCAUAAUUUCGAACACGCAACUCAUGUUGUGCAGUCCAUGCAAAAACUACUCAACAGAGUUGUCACUCCGGAAGAAAUUAACUACGACCAGGACUGCCUGGAUGACAUCGAAAAUGACCUCCACAACUACACAUACGGGCUAACCAGCGAUGCACUCAGUCAGUUUGCCAUUAUUUGGAGUGGUUUGGUGCAUGACGUUGACCAUGCUGGAGUGUCCAAUGGUCAGCUGGCCGAAGAAAAUCCUGAGCUCGGCGAGAAGUAUAAAAAUCGCAGCAUUGCCGAAGCUCAUUCAGUGGAUAUUUCCUGGGAUAUCUUAAUGCAGCCCGAGAACAAAGAACUGCAGCAAUGCAUCUUUGCAACUGAAACUGAGCUCAAUCGUUUCCGCUCUACGAUUGUCAAUAGCGUGAUGGCCACUGAUAUCUUUGAGAAGGAUGCGAAAGCAAAACGCAAUCAGCGAUGGGAGAAAGCAUUCUCUACUGAUGAUACGAUUCCUGCCGCCGAAUCUUUCCAAGACACCAAUCUUCGCGCUACCAUUGUCAUUGAACACAUUAUUCAGGCUUCGGAUGUGUCACACUGCAUGCAACACUGGAAAGUGUACCAAAAGUGGAACGAGCGCCUCUUCCGAGAAAUGGCCAUGGCUUUUGACGAGGGUCGACUAUCCAGUGACCCAAGGGACGGCUGGUACAAGGGUGAAUUGUGGUUCUAUGACAACUAUAUCAUCCCAUUGGCAAAGAAGCUAGCUGAGUGCAAAGUCUUUGGGGUUUCAAGCGACGAGUACCUCAACUACGCCAUGGAAAACAGAAAAGAAUGGGCCCGAAAGGGGGAACAAGUUGUCAAAGACAUGGCGGACCGCUACCAAAAGCGGAAGGAAUUAGAAAUAGGAGGACUCACCACGGAUGAAAUCAAUGGCUUUACACCACAAGACCUCGAGUACAUCAUGAAGAAGCUCAUCCAGAAAGGUCGCAACAAUGGUACGAAGCGAGUCGACGCAGAAAAGGGACAGAAUGAUGCAGCUCAGGCGUGGAUGGAUGCGCUAGAGAUCUAUGAAAGAGCUCCUGCAACCUCCGAGAUGAGGGAUCGCUCUCUUGUCUUCCCAGUGUAUUCUGGAGUUCAUGCUUGGCUGAAGUUUGGCAAAAUCAAGAAUGAUGAGGAUGGCUUCUUCGAGCAGAAUCUAGCUCGCAAGUUUGUGAGGGAGAGCAAGCGAUUCCGCGGAACCCCUGUCCACUACAUCCGUGCCAUGGCUUUGCUUUGCGAGGUGACCGCUGUUUCGGGCAACUAUCCUGCCGCACUGAAGCUUCUGGAAACACUCAAGUCAAGCUAUGACACCCAGGAGCAUUCCCUUGCUGUGGAGAAGGUCUAUGGUGUUGACCGUGCAGCCGUUGUCAUUGCCCAAUCGGCGAUGUGGUAUGAUCAAAUGGGAGACACUGAGAUGGCUCUUUCCGUGUGCAAGCACGUCACAACGGAGCUGCUGCCCGAUCUUGACCCAACCAAUACGCUUGGUAUGUUUGAGCUCUUGUCUCCAGUUCUCAAGAUUCUCAAGCAGAACGGGCUUCACAUGGAAUGUUACAAUCUCUUCAACGAGCACGUCCAUGAGGCUUUCCUGAAGAAUCACGGUCCUGAUGCCUUCACUCCCACCAAGUCACUUCACAAGCCCAUUGUCUGGUUGUUUGCCAUGUCCCACGAUCCAGACAACUUUGAAGACUUUGAUGAGGUUGUUGAGUGGUUGUCGGAAGGGGACAAUGGGGUUCCAAACGAUAAUCUCGACACCAUUGUGAUACGCUCAACCUGGGGACCCACGGACAUGGCUGCGGAGCUGUGUCUGCUGGUAGCAAAGAGGCUUCUGAAGGAGAACAGGGACGAAGAAAUCUGCAAAAAGAUUGCAGAUAAAGGGUUACGACUUGCUCGCACAGCAGAUGGGAAAAUAAAGAACAAGAAUGGCAGAGUGGUGCUGUACUUCGCCAACAAGGUUCAUGCACCCGUGCUCGAAGAACUUGAACAGCUGGCCAAGACUCUUGGCAUCUACACCGAACCCCCGGAGAGAAACGAGCCUCCUGCUGGAGUCACAGUCAAUCUUCCACCCUCCUACCUCGUGACUCCAGUAGAUGCCACCGAGUUCGCGUAA